AUGAUGCAUGUAAAAACAUUUAAAGUAACUUACGUUGUAGUAUUAAUUUUUAAAUCAAUAUUUGGGGUAGAAUAUUCUAGACCUGACGAAGGAUAUCCAACAGGUCUAUUUUCAGACUGCCCAGGAUCACAUAAACCAGCUGUCAUCAAGCCACAGACCCUGAAAAAGCUCUUCAUAUCAGUCAUAGGCGAAAAUCAUUCAGGAUAUACAGGACAUUACAACUACUAUGGCAUGGACCAGUUAGCGAAACAUCCGGACAUAGAUUUCAGGAAGAAGACGUGGUUGUACGUUGGUGGAUACUUCGAAGCGAAUGCGUUUAAUACUGGGCGGAAUAUGGGAUAUGACUACAAGGCUAGGGGAUAUAACGCGCUUUCUCUUGACACGCUACAGUUCACAACGACUUAUUAUCCUCAUGCUGCACGCCUAGCCAGAGCCGUUGGUAAGCAUGCAGCGGAAAUGCUGGUCAGGCUGACGGAAUACGGUCUUGACCCGAAAAAACUAGAAAUUACCGGCAUGAGUCUCGGCGCACACACAAUGAGCUUCAUAGCCAAGAACUACAGACGGAUAACCGGACGGAAUAUUUCCUCACUCGUCUCACUCGACCCUGCCGGCCCUUGCUUCCGCCAUCUCGGACCAGAUCAGAGAUUAGACAAAUCUGACGCCGAUUUCGUUGCCACCGUUUUAACAACUAUGGACUUAUCGAGCAUAUCGUUCCCUUUCUCCCAUGUGACGUUCUACGUCAACGGGGGAGCGUACCAGGAAGGUCAUUUUGCGUGGUUCUUUUGCGAUUCCAUAUGCAGUCAUGCCAGGUCGUAUGCCAUCUGGUGGGCGGCUGUAGUUUAUCCAGAAGCUUUCAUAGCUGUACGAUGUGAUACAGUGGAUCAAGCCAGAGAUGGUGAUUGCUACGAUAUACAACCGAUGGUGACGAACACAAUGAGCCCGUUGAUUGACAGAAGCAAACCGGGGAUAUAUUAUCUCCGUACGUCAAAUAGAUGGCCAUUUGCGCUGGGAAAGAAAGGCCUUAAGAAGCCUACAGUUGUUAACGAUAAAACUAAGAAAAUUGGAUCAAAUGAAAUUGAUGUUCCCGAUAUUUUUAAGUACACAUUCUCAUAUCUUUUGAGAUCAUAUAUUUAA